AUGGAUUCCGGCAACAGUAGUAGCAUGCAGUCCUCAAGCGGUGGCGGUGAAGAUGAGUACGACUCACGUGCCGAUCAUUCCAUCUCUACCUUCUUCAACCACCACAGCUCUGCCGCCGCAAGGAGUGCGGCACCUCCGGGGACCCUUUAUCACCACCGCCAAGACAACAUCGGUGGCCCGAUUCCGGACCAUUAUCCACCGCAGCAACACCUAGACCCUCUUUUAUCAAACUACUUCACCAACCUUGAUACUACUGUUUGGUCGUCGAAGACCGUACGUUCUGGCCCCGAUCUCGCUGGAUCACCUUCCGAACCGGUCUUCUUCUCAAAUUCAACUUCGUUGCCGCGCCCGAGACCAAACAGCAGCUCUGGUUCUGUCCCUGGCGGCGGCGACAACAACAAGAACGGUAAUAAUAAUAACAAUAUGGCGCGGAACCCGAAGAAGCGAUCGAGAGCCUCGAGACGAGCGCCGACGACGGUGUUGACCACCGACACGACCAACUUCAGAGCCAUGGUUCAGGAGUUCACGGGAAUCCCUGCUCCUCCCUUUACCGGAUCUUCUCCCUUUCCUCGGACCGGUCGGUUUGAUCUAUUCGGAUUUUCCCCUAAUUCCUCGUUUCCAUUAAAACCCUUUGCUCAGAAACUCGUCCCUCCAUUGUUUCUUUCUUCUUCAUCAUCUCCUUCCACUGCUACAAUCGCUUCUUCUUCUUCACCUUCGUCUUCGAGUUACUAUCUGCCUUCUGCAGACAAUCAGAAUCUCUUGAACACGAGUACGAACACCCAGGGUAUUACAAACCCUUUUCUUAAUAUUCACGCUCCUAAAGACCCUUUAACCGAUCCAUCGAUAUUCUCAGCAAAGUCGAAACCUUUGUUCGACCAAUCAUCUCAGAACUUCAAGGUGGGUAAUGUUCUGGAUGAGCUGGGGCAAUUCGGGACAAACUUUGGCGGACUUCAGAGCAUUUUCUCCUCUUCAUCGACGUCAACCCUAAUGCACAUAAACAGGAACUCUGACGCCGGAAACGUCGAAGCUGAUCUAUUGAGGUCCAUCAAUGGAGGGUUCGAUGAAUCUGCACACCGACCUCCGAGUUACAGAGCCACCGGGACAGCGACGGCGACGGCGGCUUCUUCUGGAUCAUUACCGGCGGCGGAGAAUAGUUUAGCGGCGGCGAGAAACGAAGGUAUGGUGGAGUCGUGGAUUUGUUCAUCUGAUUAG